UCUCCUCAUAAUGUACGCGACUGGUUCACAUCUAGAAUAAAUCUGAAUAACGUUUUUUUUUUUUUUAAGGAUAUGUAUUUAUUUUGCUUUUUUUAUUUUUUAAACAGUAUUGGAAACCAAGUUUCAUCCCAGUUUGUAUCCAUAAAUGUCAAGUCCCAGUGAAAUUUGGUACUAUUUAUGUAAAAUAUUUUUUAUUUGUUUAUUAGAAACAGAAAAAAAAUCUGUUCUAAAUUCCUUUUAAUGCUUCACCAUCCCGUCUGUGGGCGGAGUUUGAAAAAGUUGCGGAAGCGCCACUUCCGCUUUGGACAACCGCGCAUGCGCUCUCCGAUGCAGCUCGUGCGCCGCCGCUGCCGCUGAAACAUCGGAAGGUUCGGACGGCGUCGCUGUGAAAUGGCAGAAACUGCCGCUCGUGUCGCGGAAACGUCGGGAUUAGGUAACGCAGAAUCCACGCGCGUGUCCAGCGGGAGCUUUGGACGAACGAACUGACGGAGAAGGAGCGUUUCCGCUGGAAAACGGGGAUUCGGGAGCAGCGUUUCCUCUGGGAAAAAAGCAAGCAGUGCUCCGGCUGGGAACGAGCGGCGGCUGCUGGGAGUUAGCCGGACUAGGGGCUUUGAGAGCUGAGCUCCACGUGGAUGUCCUGCCAAAGCGUUCGUCUAAGGCGCCACCAUGAACCGGAACAAGCGUGAGAAGGAGUACUACAGUAUAGACGUGGGGGACUCCACGUUUAUGGUCUUAAAACGCUACCAGAACCUCAGACCCAUCGGAUCUGGAGCCCAAGGAAUCGUCUGUUCGGCGUACGACCACAACUUGGAGAGAAACGUGGCCAUCAAGAAGCUGAGCCGGCCCUUUCAGAACCAGACCCAUGCCAAGCGGGCCUACAGAGAGCUGGUUCUCAUGAAGUGCGUCAACCACAAGAACAUCAUCGGCCUGUUGAACGUUUUCACGCCACAGAAGAGUCUGGAGGAUUUCCAGGACGUAUACCUGGUGAUGGAGCUGAUGGACGCCAACCUGUGUCAGGUGAUCCAGAUGGAGCUGGACCACGAGCGGCUGUCAUACCUGCUCUACCAGAUGCUGUGUGGAAUCAAACACCUGCACUCUGCAGGCAUCAUACACAGGGACCUAAAGCCCAGCAACAUUGUGGUGAAGUCUGACUGCACGCUGAAGAUCCUGGACUUCGGGCUGGCGAGGACGGCUGCCACGGGUCUCCACAUGACGCCCUACGUGGUGACCCGUUACUACCGCGCCCCCGAGGUCAUCCUGGGCAUGGGCUACCAGGCAAACGUGGAUAUUUGGGCUGUGGGCUGCAUUAUGGCAGAAAUGGUUCGCCACAAAAUCCUUUUUCCUGGAAGGGAUUAUAUCGACCAGUGGAACAAAGUGAUCGAGCAGCUGGGAACGCCGUCUCAGGAGUUCCUGAUGAAGCUCAAUCAGUCGGUGAGGAACUACGUGGAGAACCGGCCGCGCUACGCCGGCUACAGCUUCGAGAAGCUCUUCCCCGACGUUCUGUUUCCUGCAGACUCGGAGCACAACAAGCUGAAAGCGAGCCAAGCCCGAGACCUCCUGUCAAAGAUGCUGGUAAUCGACGCUUCCAAGCGGAUCUCUGUGGACGAGGCUCUGCAGCACCCCUACAUCAACGUGUGGUACGACCCGUCUGAAGUGGAAGCGCCGCCGCCGGGGAUCACGGACAAGCAGCUGGACGAGCGAGAGCACACGGUGGAGGAAUGGAAAGAGCUGAUAUAUAAGGAGGUUCUGGACUGGGAGGAAAGGACGAAGAACGGGGUCGUCAGGGGUCAGCCGGCCUCCAUAGGUGCAGCAGUGAGCAGCAGCCCCCCCAAGCCCCCCCAGCCCCACCCGUCCGACGGCAGCCUGGAGCCCGGCGUGGACUGCUGCUGACGGUCGCCGCCCCCCUCCUCCUGCGACCCCUCCCCCCCGGUGUUUGAUCCUCCGUAGCGUUUUGACGGGUUUGACAGUCCAGCUGUUAUUUAUUGAGUUUCUGGGAGCUGACGGACGUCUUCACUCGCCUCCAGAUCUCAGGAGAAGUCUCUGAAAUGUGAUUUAUUUCUGUCAGAAAUCAUCGUUUUCCACAUCAAAUAAAUGUACAGAUUUAACAUAUAGGUUUGGGGGAGGAGCCACGGACGGCGUUCUUCUUUUAGGGUUUUUUUCAGUAGCUUAAACUUCCUGGAUUGUAAAAAUGUUUUUAUGAGAGAUUUAUAUUUUUCGUUGUUGUUUUUUCACUUUUUAAAAAUGUGGGUUUGGAUAACGGAGCGGCGCUGCAGGACGACGCUCCUCCGCGGCGCCGUUUAGUCAGAGUUUGGGGAAAAGGCGGAGUGCUUUCGCUCCGGUCGGGAAGUUUUUAGGGAAGUGUUGGGAAGUCCAGGUGGGAAAGAAGUUUGUGUGUGGAGCGUUGUUCGGAUGUGGAAAAGGGAUCUUCAGAGAUGGCUGUUUGCAAUAACUCGCUUGGGAAUUCCGUCUGGUUUGGAAAAGUGCCUGUUUCUGUCUGUUCGGAUGCACGAAGGAUCUGGUCGGCUUUUUCUGUCCCGUUGGAACGUUUUGUUUUCGUUGGGAUGGUCGUUCUCCAGAUGUGGGAUCUAUUUUUCUACGUGUUUUGCUUUUCGUCGUCUGACAGGAAACGGUGAUGAGGCUGAGGUGCUUUAGCAUUUAUGAGGCUUUUCAGAAUAAGAGACCGUUUGAAAAAGGUUUUUCAUCAAAGUAAAAGCUUAAAUACAUAAAUUAACAUCAUAUCCAAACUACUAUGAUUUUUAUUUAAGUUUUGUGGCAGUAAUUGAUUUCUUUAAUCAGCUGUUUGCUGAACUUCUUUUUUAAACUCUUAACAUAAAUUAGCCAAUUGAUUCUUGUUUGUAGUUUACACUGAAUAUUUUGUUUUUCUGUUUUUCUGCCUUUUAUUUGGACAAAGUUCUGUCAGCCAAAUGACUCCAGAAACAGAACAUUAAAGUGCAAACCUUUAAACACUAAAUUACCUCAAAGUUUCAAACUAGUAGUUUUAAAAUUGACUAAAUCUUUUAUGAAAAGCAAAGAAAAUCCGAAUCAGGUCCACUUUGAUUUUUUAGCAGAAAAUAUUUUUGGUUUUCUAGGAGUUUAUAGCUCAAGAUUAGCUCCGUCUCACAAUAAAUACCCUAAAAACUAAAAGUUAAUUAAUGUGCUUGUCAAAAUCAUAAUGAGGUAUUUUAGAGAUUAGGGGUAAAGUCUCACAAGAUCUGACACAUUGUUUUUUGGUGUAUCUGUAUACAAACUGAAUUCUUAAAUUUUGCACAUUUACUAACGUGUGAAACAUUUUAGCGAUAAUUCCCCUCCGGGUUCAGGUCUGAACACGUUUAUAUCGUUAGCUAUACCGUACAGAAACGAUUCAUCUGUACUUGAAUAAACUGUUGACUGUAUGUGAGAACUGGACUGAAAGGCCCCGCCCCUGGUGGUCCAAACAGGAAGUAUCCCAUAGACUUCUAUAGUGAAAUAAACAGCUGUUACUCUUUCUGUUGGUCAGAAUAAACGUUCUUGAUUUGAUAUCAACCAAUCAGAUGCCUCAAAAAUAGUAGGUGGAGCCUGCUGGCCAAUGUCUAGCGAUCAAAAUGUUUGAUAGAUUUUGUGUAGCCAGUAGGGGUGUGGCCUCCAACAAGCUCACUCCUGAUUUGCCAGAGUGGUUGCCAGAAUCGCUACUCGCUGUUUACUAACGACGUCCGGCUCCAACAUAGCGGCAUCUUUUUACCAAAACAAAAAAACAAAACGAUUUGACCUAAUUUGGUUGUAACCAGAAGUGAACCAUUUUGUAUGGAUGACAUCACACUCGCUCUCUCCAGUUCUCUGAUCAGGCAGACAGUACGGCUAAACGUCCAUGAAGCUAAAUCCGGAUCAGGCAGGCGGGGGUCAAACAGGAGCAUCAGAGAUCAGACAGACGGAGAUCUGGACCAACUGGGUCAGAACCAGAAGAUCAGGUCCGGAUAGAAACGCUCAGUAAUGCAGGCGGAGGGACAAACGAUACUUGGCACUGAAUGAGGCUCUGUGCUGUCAAUGAGAGCAGCUGGGGCUGCUGGGAGAUGUAGUUCAGCCAGGACUUCAUACGCUGGUUGUACAGAGCUCCUGACAAUGUAAACACUAGCAUAACGAGCUUUGCUAAUCUCUCUUUUGUCCGUUGAUGAACCUCAAACUUGUCUGACAGCUGCUCGUCCAAUCAAAUGCUACCGUCUCUAAGCUAAACUCAAUUAAACAAACGCGCUGCUUUCAGCUUAAGCUAGCAAUAAUAAAACGCACAGAUUGAAACUUCUGGUGCCGACAUUAUUUACAAUCUUUUAUUAAGCACGUUUCCGCCAAAGUAAAAGCUUCUGAUUUUAUUUUAUUUUUUAGAAAAUGUUCAAACUGUUUGCUUGUUCAGUUUUUUGAAAUUUUACAGUGUAAAUGAGCAUUUUACGUAAAUGUGGCGUUAUUUUAUCUUUUGUUCUCAGAUGAACACAAAACAUUUAGAAGUUUCUGUUUUUUUCUGAGAUUCAUGUAAAAAAUGUGUAGAAAUUUUCUCCAGAAGAAAACGUAAUUGAACAUUUAAAGGUAGACGUCUCAUUAAUUGAUUAAUUAAGCUGCAUCUUCAUUUGAAUUACCGGUGUUUGAAAGUGCUCUUAUUUUUUCCCAGCAUGCAUUUAGCCGUGACCUCGUGGUUCGUCGUGUCUUGAGGCUGCAGCUUCGUCCUCUCACCUGCUUUGAUGAACUACCUCAUGCUGAAGUUCUGCCAGUUCUCACCAAUAUUAAGUCACCUGAAGAAGUGUGAAUAACAGAUUCCAUUAUUUAUUUAUUUGAAAGUGUACUUUCUGUCCGUUUCAGCAGACUUCUAGUUUUGUACAUUACUUCCUGUUUGUUUUUGUUUCAUCUGUGUGGAAUGGGUUUAUGUUUAAAGUAAAUGUGCAAUUCCUUCAGAAACUGUCGUGUGAUGGCUCCGCCUUUAGCGUUCUCCUGGAGGUAACGUUCGGUACUGUCGGCCUUUGUUGUUUCUCCCUUUUUUACUUUACGGUUCGUUCCUGUCAUGUGAUCAGUCCAUCCAAACGCAGAGACGUUAGCGAGCGGCGGGCGGGCGGGUGAAGUGUCGGCGACGUUUCCGUAAACGAUGAGAGUCGGCUCUCUUUGUAAAGUUUUACUUUGGAAUCCAGCCAUGCUUUUAUUUUGAAACACUUCCUGAACCAGCCGUCCCAAACACCACCCAAGAAGAAGAAGUGCACUACCAUGAAAAUGAAACGGAACAUGUACUUUAAAUAAAAGAAAUUCACGUUGGUU